AAAAACCAAGCCUCCUCUUAGGAAUGGCACUUGUCUGAGAGUUUCCUUAACACACAGCUCCUGAAAGCCACCAGGCUUGUGAAAGGAGAACAGAGGGGUUAUUGGGAUACAAAUUACAGCUCUCUCAGGAUUUGCCUGACAGACCAGCCAACUUUGAAGACGUAAUAUCUGAGGAGUAAAACAAAGAGGAAACAAUGACGGAUGAUCAAGACCUUUCUGAGGUGGAGAUGAGUCCUGUAGGUUCUGAAGACCACCAUUGUCUGUCUCCAGGACCUUCCAUGGCAUCGGAUGCCAGCUCUCACCUUGGCAACCCCAACAGUGGUGAGAUGGGGAAGGUGAAGAAGGAACAGCAGGACUCCGAAGCUGAUGACGAUAAGUUCCCGGUGUGCAUCCGGGAGGCAGUGAGCCAGGUACUGAGUGGCUAUGACUGGACCCUGGUGCCCAUGCCUGUGAGGGUCAAUGGAAGCAGCAAGAGCAAGCCCCAUGUCAAGCGGCCCAUGAAUGCUUUCAUGGUGUGGGCGCAAGCCGCCCGGAGAAAGCUGGCAGACCAAUAUCCUCACCUCCACAAUGCUGAGCUUAGUAAGACACUUGGAAAGCUCUGGAGGUUGCUGAAUGAAAGUGACAAGCGUCCCUUCAUUGAGGAGGCAGAACGGCUGCGAAUGCAGCACAAGAAGGACCACCCUGAUUACAAGUACCAGCCGCGCCGGCGGAAAAAUGGCAAGGCCACCCAGGGUGAAAAUGACAGCCAGGCCGAGGGGGAAGCUGGUGGAGCUGCUGCUAUACAGGCCCACUACAAGAAUGCCCAUUUGGACCACAGGCACCCUGGGGAAGGAUCUCCCCUGUCUGAUGGGCACCCUGAAAACUCCUCAGGUCAGAGUCAUGGGCCUCCCACACCACCGACCACUCCAAAGACAGAACUGCAGUCGGGUAAGGCUGACUCCAAACGGGAAGGGCGUUCCCUUGGGGAAGGAGGAAAGCCUCACAUCGACUUUGGCAAUGUGGAUAUCGGGGAGAUCAGCCACGAAGUGAUGUCCAACAUGGAGCCCUUCGACGUAAAUGAAUUUGACCAAUACCUGCCACCAAAUGGACAUGCUGCUCACCCAGGCCAUGUUGGGGGCUAUGCUGCAGCUGCAAGUUAUGGCCUUGGGAGUGCCCUGGCUGCAGCCAGUGGACACUCUGCCUGGAUCUCCAAACAGCAUGGAGUCUCCUUGUCUGCUGCCACAUCAGCGGUGGUAGACUCCAAGGCACAAGUGAAAACAGAGGGCUCUACUCCAGGGGCCCAUUACACUGACCAGCCCUCCACUUCCCAGAUAGCAUACACCUCCCUCAGCCUGCCCCACUAUGGCUCAGCUUUUCCCUCAAUAUCCAGGCCCCAGUUUGACUACCCUGACCACCAGCCCUCAGGACCCUACUACAGCCACUCCAGUCAGGCUUCUGGCCUCUAUUCGGCCUUCUCCUAUAUGGGGCCUUCCCAACGCCCCCUAUACACUACCAUCUCUGACCCGGCACCCUCAGUGCCACAGUCUCAUAGCCCCACACACUGGGAGCAGCCUGUGUAUACAACCCUCUCAAGACCCUAGGGAACGGGGAGCAGUGAGCAAAGCAGCAGCGGAAAGGCUCCGGAGAAUCAGCCCCAGAAGACAAGCCUCCAAGUCCCGAGGUCAUUUGGUGUAAUCCAGUCGCCAGAACCCACAGAAUAUCCGGGCGUGUCUAUCUUGACCGCAGUUACCGAUGGCUCACCCGGCUGGAGGAAGGUUCCCACCUACCCACCCCCACACUCCCAGUCCCUGAUUGGCUUCCAGGAUCAUAUAGGCCUUCUAGGUGAGGACAAUUCUAGGCAUGGAGCAACUACUCACAGUGAGGGGUUUUGCCCGGCAGAUCAAGGGUUUAAAAAAUAAAAUAAAAUUGAGAGAUAAUCCCUUUCCUUCUCUUCCCCUCCCUGGAGUUGUCCGGACCAUCAGCCUAAUGGUUUAGAAAGAAACACAAUGGACAUAACUCUGCCACUCGCUGUAGGUGAAGCAUGGCUAGAGGGGCACCCUGGCAGUGUAACGCUUCAGGAGGAGGAGUCAGAUGGUGCCGCUGUCUGAUGUGGACAGUGCUCUAGGACGUUCCUGCUUCAGAGUCGCACGUGCAUGAAAUGUUGCUCCCCAUUGGAAGACCCACCUAUGCUUGCUUUUCCUGUUGAUAUUUGGCACCUGAUGCGCCCACUUUCCCUUAUCCAUGCCAUCACUUCUCCGCUGCCUGGCUCUCUUUAAGACUUACCUACACAAUGGACUCAGGAACUGCAUGAUAUGCUCUGACCGCCUUUGCAUCACAGCAUGUAAGCAUGUGUGCCUACAUGUUGGUCCCUUGGACCAUAAAAAGCAAAGGGGACUGAAUCCUACUUUGUUGUUAUGAACAUUUUGUAUUCCUAGUUUGUUUCCAUCACUUUGUGGCUCCUUUCUAAACUCCCCCAGCUACCUUUCUAACACUCCAGAAGAUACCCUACCAAAGUCAAUACUUUUCCUUCUGGCAUACUUAUGAGAGUGACUGUGUCUAUGAGUGUGUGUGUGUGCAGAGUGGGUGAGAGAAAGCAAAAGAGCGUAGUAGUAACUGCAAUAGCCAGUGUAGUUUUCCUAUUUGCAGAGAACAAAUGUGGAGAAAGAACUUCCAUAUGACCACAAUACUAAUGGAUGUAUCCUCAUUCUUCCACGAGAGACCUUUCGAGACAUUUUGGUGCCUGAGGCGAAGCAUCCAAAUGGUAUACGUAAAGAUGAUAAAAACAUUAUACAUUGAUCAUUGCUGCCAUUCUGCAAAAUUUGCUGUGCAAGAGAGGCUGCCUCAUCCUGCCUAAUGAUAGGUUCAUCCCUGCCAUAUAUGCUAAUAAUAAUUAGCAUCUAAGUUCUAUCUUUGCCAUACAAAGGAGGAUCUUGCUGGUACAACUGAUGCGGAAUGGGCAUUUUAAAAAGAAGCUGACCCAUGCAAAAUUCAAAUAAACCCAUGUUCAUUUUGGGUUUUCAAACUGAGGCAACUUCCCUUUGCCUCCCUGCCUUUUUUUCCAUGGGCCUGGGGAAUGCCCAUUCCACAGCUUCCAAAAAAAGACAUUGCUCACAGUGUCAUUGAGAAUCCCACUUGGAAGGCUGCCGUGAUUGAGAGCAUGAUGGUACGAAUCACACACCGUAGAGAUGCCAGAUACUAUGCCUGUGCAUGAGGAUGGGCCUACAACUGGCCAUAAUGUACAAUGCGGUACUUGCUGUUGUUCCUAACCACUUUGGAUUGAGAUGACUGAGGCUAACCCACCCAAAGUUAUGAGCUUUAUAUAUGCUUGACUCCCAUUUUUUCACUGUGGAUGAUUAUCCCUUCUCCAUGGUGUUUGAAAAGAACUUGUAGUAUGCCUGUAUUCCUUGUAUGCAUGUAAUCCAUUAACUGCUCUACUCCCUUAUUUAUGGAAGUAGCACAUCCUUCCUUGUUCCCAGCACCACAACCCUCUAGCACCAUUAACGUUGCAUCAAAUGUAU